CAGACUUCAAAUAAAAUGUGCACGUGAACGAACCGAGUAAAUUAUUUUUUUCUCUUGCCACCUACUGAGUUAAUUAACAAAAGUCGAUCUUAAACAGUUGCUGGAGAUGGACUUUAAGAAACAAGAAACUGUGGUAGAGCCUAUUGAUAGAUGGUUUAUGAGAGAGGUAUAUGUUUGGAGAAAAAUUGGAAGUAUAUUCUGGUAUAUAACCUGUCUACCUAUAUUGACUGUGAUUUAUAUUCUGGCUGUUAAUAUCAACAUCUUUCAUCCAAUACAAACACUAAUAGAUGUCUUUAUGACGAUAUUUUCGUUGUCAAUGGUGUUACAACUGGUGUUUAUAUUGAUAAUAAAUGGAGCCUUAAUUUGGUAUUCUUCAGCAUUCUUUACAGUGACGCCUGAGAUUGGUGAAACAAGAUUUAGUAAUUUACUACGUCUGAUGAAAAUAAGUCGUUUAUGUCAUCUGGGUGUUUAUUGUAUGGGUAGUGUGAUUCUAUCCUGGUGUUGUUCAAGUUUCAUUGGUGGAAAAUAUUCGUCUUUAACACAAUCCCCCGAUGGACUCGUGGUGAAUUUAAAUGAACAUCACUUAUUUCUGAUUUUAUAUGGAUUAUUUCUGGGAAUCAGUUUCUUCUCACAGUUUUACCUUGACCUCAAUAAUUAUCUUGAGUUUCCAUUGAUACAGAGAGACAAGUUUUUUCAAGUGAGAAGUAUGACUGGUUGUCUGUUGAUAUGUUGUAUUAAAAACACCCUCAGACAAGUCAAAUAUUUUUAUCUUCUCUAUUAUUUAUUUGGUUCUGUUCCAAGAGGAUGGGUGAUGUAUAAUCUAAAUCUGCAAUUUAGUUUAGAUGAUGUACCAUUAGACAGUAUAUAUGGAUUAUUUAACUGUGGAUUAUUGUGGGAAGUUCUGAUAUUUGGUGUUUAUAUCAAUUACACCUGGUCUCUGGCGAACAUUCUCUUCAAAAUAUACCAAACAGAGCAUUAUAGUUUCCCAGUAGAGGAUGUAUUUGAUAGUCAGUAUCAAAGAUGUCUAUACGAUGCUCUCAACUGUAAUAUUCAACCGUUAAUCAAGUAUUUGGGAUUUUUAGACUUAUAUUCACUGGCCAAGUUUUCAGCAGAGAGAAGAAAACGGAUAUUUUGUUUGAGCCAGCCCGGAGGUCAUCCACACGCAUGGAAUCGUAUCAGUUCUGUAUGCCUAGCGGAGAUAAAUGAUUUAUGUGGACAGAUUGAAGCUGCCAAUUGGAAAACAUAUGCCAGUGUCCCAGUUAAACAGGCAAAUGUAAUAGAUAGACCUUAUACACAAGGGGAAAGUGUGAAUGAAUCUGUGUUUUAUCAUUCGGCCACCCUACACAGCAUGAACUACAAUAAUAACUUCAGUCAUAUUCCACUUGAUAACACAAGUCCAGUGUCUGAAAAUGACAUAGAACCAGCACCGAAAAAAACAUUCACCAUAUGGAGGGAGAAGUUUUCAGCUCUGAUCAGUAAGAAGCCUGGUAUUGGUUAUUUUAUGGGUGAAUUACCCGACUCUAAAAGCCGUGUUCUGUUUGCUGCAUCACAAAUACAGAUCUGGGCUGUUGAAGCCUUGUCUGAUCUGGUGACGGCUUCUUUUGAGGAAGAUAAAUUUGGUAUAGUUCAAAGGUCAUUACCCACAAUUCUCUCCAGUUUACUCAACUUACAGGAGAAUGUAGAGAAACAUUUUAAACUGGUUACCCCGUUAACAAGACGUAAUAAUAAAGAUAUAUUUACUGUCAAUGAUGCCACGUUACGAUAUCAACUACAGACUGUGUUAAAGAGCUCCAUAUAUAGAAUCAUUAAUAAAUUUGGUAAACAUAUUCGAGAUUUACCAAUGGAUCCAGAUUGCUCUAAAAAACUUCGUCCAUUUUUGGAGUACAAGGAAUGACAGUUAAUAAGUGAAAAAUGACAUUUAUAAAUCAAAAUGGAUGAAUGAUGAUAAAUAUCAGAAAUCUGCUGUGACUGCCAGAAAUGUUAAAGUGCUCAAAACAAAUUUAUGGACCAGGAACUGGUUCCCCAGCCCUACUCAUCUUUCUCUUCGCUCCGCCAACUCAAGUACUAUUUUUUAUAUGACAUCACAAUUCCGAGAUUGCGGCGAUGGUCAUGCUUGGUUCCUGGUCCAUAUUACUGUUGUAAUAAGAUAAUCAGACUGUUUAUUCAAGAAAACUUAAAGAAUGCAGCCUUUAUGUUGGACAAGAGAUAAAAUUUGUGCUAUGAUAGUGCUUAGCCAAUGAAUGAUUAGUAUUUGUUAUGAAUAUAAUUAGACCCAUAACCGAUAAAAAGACGUUAAUAGUGAUAUUUCCAAGCAUUAAGGGGGGGGGGCUGUCCGAAAAUUUAUAUUCUGAAAUGUUAAUGCUAUUGAAUUGAAAAUAGUACAAAUAGUUGGGAAAUGUAAUAAACAAGGUUGUCUGUGAUAUCACCUCGUUGAAGUGGACGUAAAAUACAACUAAUACACACACAAUAAACAUGGGAAAACUAGCAUUAAAGAAAAAUUGUUGCCAGGGUAACACAUUUUUGGGGAAAAAAUUAUGAAAAACGUAGGUACACUAUAUCUCUGUAACUAAUUAAGAUAUCUUUUGCAGGAUAUAAAAACUAAUAUCUACCACAGAAUCAGACAGAAUGCAAUUUGAAUUAUCAUUAAUAUUUCAAAAGUUAUCAAAAUAUUUUUCCAAAGACAAAAUAUUGUAGUGAGGCAAAUGUUUUAAACAUCAUUUUCCAAGAAACUAUAAAAAAUAUAGAGAAAAACUCGCUGUCUUGUUUUGGGGUUAUCAUUAAAGAAUAAGCAGUCCAAAAAUGAGACAUUUAUCUUUUAUUAGUGCCAGAGAUAUGGUGUACACCCUUUUUUCAUACUUUUUCCAAAAAAUUGUGUCACCCUGGCAAAUGUUAGUUUUCCCUUGUUUAUUACAUUUCCUAACUACUUGUGCCAUCUUCAAUUCACUAGCUUUAGAAUUUCAGAAAGCAUUUUUCGGGUAGCCUCACCCCUUAAUCAAUAUUCUUAACCCUUUCUGUGCAAAAUGUCAAUAUUUGUUUUUCUCUAUAGUACUAGGCAUUGAAAAUUUUUGACAUUAAAGUUUUCCACCCAGCUCACCCUGUCGAGAGAGAGAGAGUAACUUUAAUAAUAGAUGUUGUUUGUAAGUUUGACUUUUGUUGUAGAAAUUUAAAUUUGUACCUUGCUUGUAAAGAAAUUGUGUUCACACUCGCUUUCAUUUAAAGCCAUUGAUCUUCAUUUGAAUGAUUUUGAAUCCCAUCCAAACUACUAUACAGUGACAGUUGAAUUUUUAAGACUUUACAUAUAUCAUUCAAAUCAUCUCCUGAACUGUAAAUAUUCUCAUACCCAUUCUAUGGGAUUGGUAACAUGCAAUAAAAAUGCAUGAUAUAAAUGAAAUGGGUUUAACAUCCUACUGUUCUGCUCCGACUGGGCUAAUGAAGACGGGCAUGGUAUACAUCAACAUCAUCACGCGACUUAUCUAGAAGUGAUUCAUGCAAGAGGCAGGGUAGGCCUAUAUUUACACUUUAGAACACCUGAUACCAUUUCUAUUUGGGGGGUUGGAUAGCUGAAUGGUUAGCACGUGCGCGCUGUAUCAUAAAGUCUGUCAUUGAGUUAACUGGCGUGGUUUCGAUUCCCCGGUUGCAUGUGACAAGGAGUAGGGUCGCCUGUCCAACCUCGUGGGUUUUCUCCGGGUCCUCCGGUUUCCUCCCACUGCUAAAGACCCCUACGCGCAAGCUAUUAUGGAAAUAAAAUUGAACUAUGUUAGUCCCGAAAUGACCUAGUUUGUGUUGAGUGGAGGUUAAAUCCCAUUUCUCUCUCUCUCCAUUUCUAUUUUGAGUAUGCUUAAGGAUUGAAUACUGACUUUUGACACAGUUUAUGGUGAAUUGAACCAUGUUAGCUACCAACUGAUUCUCCGGGGUCCUCCGGUUUCCUCCCACUGCUAAAGACCCCUACGCGCAAGCGAAUUAUUGAAAUAGAAUUAAACCAUAUGUUAGUCCCGAAAUGACCUAGUUUGUGUCGAGUGGACGUUAAACCCCAUUUCUCUCUCUCUCUAGCUACCAACUGAAGGUUAUACAGUUGGACAUUGAACCCCAUUUCAUUUCAUUUCUCUCUUUAUAUGGAGGCAUAAAUAAGUGUACAAACCACCAAACGUUUCAUCCUGUAUAUCAUGUAAUUAUUUCCUGUUACCCUGUUUGUAAAUAAACAGAUGUAUUUUCA